AGAAAAUUUUACUCCUACCUCUUCUUCCACCUCUACAAAUUACUACCAGACUUCCAGAGUUGAGGUUGUAUGAUACUAAUGGCGCCGGCAUUCUGCGUUAGCGAAGUUGAAGUUGAGGGCCACGUGUUCCCUUCAUCCAUGAAGCCUUCAGGCUCCAACGGCACCUUUUUUCUUGGAGGCGCGGGGUAUAGAGGAUUGGAAAUUCAAGGCAAGUUUAUCAAGUUCUCACUUCCUGGAGUGUAUUUGGAGGAGACUGCAAUUCCGUCGCUUGCCACCAAGUGGAAGGGCAAGACUGCUGAGGAGUUGAUGGAAUCUGUUGAGUUCUUCAGGGACAUCAUCACAGGUCCCUUUGAGAAGUUCAUUAGUUUGACAUUUUUGAAGCCCUUGACGGGUGAGGAAUUCUCGAAAAAAGUAAGUGAAGAUUGUGCCGAUUACUUGAAAGUAAUUGGAAGUUACACUGAUGCAGAGGAUAAAGCUAUUGAAAAGUUCCAUGAUAUUUUCAAGAAUGAGUCCUUCCAACCUGGUGACUCCAUCCUGUACUCCCAAUCACCCCUUGGAUCACUAAGAAUUAGCUUCUCCAAGCAUGAUUCCAUACCCGAGGUUAGCAGUGGAGUUGUGGAGAACAAACUACUAUCUGAAACAGUGCUGGAAUGCAUUAUUGGCAGGGAUGGUGUUUCACCUUCUACAAGGAAGAGUCUGGCAGUACGAGUAUCAGACUUGUUGAAAGUGUCUGAUAGUGCAUCAUAGUGCCACUGCCCCGAGCAAGAGGACCUUAAUGCAUAGUUAAGGGAAAAUUAUGACAUUGUGGCCGAUCUUCUGUACUUGUUUUGCUUUUUCUGUGUUUUACUUCAUCCUGUUUUUCCAUGUAGUCCUGUUGACUAGU